AUGAAUUCAUAUCUCCAACAGCAUUAUAAUAUGAACCGCAUUAGAUUAGUGUGGUCUCGCAUAUGGAAUGUUCUAUCUGACUUCUUUGUGUCAGUUGGAUUGUCAGAAAACCUGUCAGUUGCAAUCUUUGCGAUAGAUUCACUACGACAACUUGCAAUGAAAUUUUUGGAGCGCGAGGAGCUGGCUAAUUAUAACUUCCAGAAUGAAUUUCUGAGACCAUUUGUGAUUGUCAUGCAGAAAAGCAACUCAACUGAAAUUAGAGAAUUAAUAGUUCGCUGUAUUUCACAGAUGGUCCUUAGCCGUGUCAGUAAUGUGAAAUCUGGCUGGAAAAGUGUUUUUAUGGUUUUUACAGCUGCGGCAGCUGAUGAGCGGAAGAAUAUUGUAUUGUUAGCCUUCGAGACUAUGGAGAAAAUAUCAGACUUGCGGAUGGAGGACUUCGAUGAUCACGUGUCCUUUUGGAUUCCUUUGUUAUCAGGGUUGUCAAAAUUAACUUCUGAUCCAAGAUCAGCUAUCAAAAAGAGUUCUUUGGAGGUUCUUUUUAACAUUUUGAAGGAUCAUGGCCAUCUAUUUUCACGUAAAUUUUGGAAUAGCAUUUUCUGUUCUGUUGUUUUCCCUGUAUAUAACUCAGUAUGUGGAAAGCGAGACAUGAAUAUACCAGAGGGUCAAUGUUCAUCUUCAGUAUCUGUGCAUACUGAAGGAGGCACAUGGGAUUCUGAGACUUCCCCGGUAGCGGCCGAAUGUUUAAUAGAUUUAUUUGUCACCUUCUUUGAUAUGGUGAGGUCUCAGCUACCAGGUGUUGUGUCCAUACUGACAGCGUUCAUUAGAAGUCCUGUUCAAGGUCCAGCUAGUACUGGAGUUGCUGGAUUAGUGCGUCUCACAGGUGACCUUGAUAACAGGCUUUCAGAAGAAGAAUGGAAAGAGAUUUUUCUGUGUUUGAAAGAUGCAGCUACAUCAACAGUGCCUGGAUUCAUAAAGGUUUUGAGAAUCAUGAGUAAUAUUGAAGUACUUAAAUUUUCACAGUCUUCUGAUCAUGAUUUGACAAAUGAUGAGUAUGAUGAUGACAAUCUGCAAACGGCCACAUAUGUUGUCUCAAGAACAAAGAAUCAUAUUGCUAUGCAGCUACUUAUUUUACAGGUUACAACUGAUCUAUGCAGAAAACACCAGCAAUCCUUAUCAGCAGACAACAUCAAAGUCCUUAUUGAACUAUAUUCAUCUGUUGCUUUGCAUGCUCGACAAUUGAACAGAGAGUCAGUCCUGCUGAAAAAGUUGCAGAAAGCUUGCUCUAUCUUGGAAUUAUCUGCCCCGCCCGUGGUUCAUUUUGAAAACGAGGCCUUCCAAAAUCACCUCAACUUUCUACAAAACUUACACGACGAUCAUUAUUUUGUGCACAAGGAGAUAGAUCUAGAACAAGAGUUAGUAACUGUAUGUGAAAAUGUAUUAGACAUAUAUCUGAAUUGUGCAGGCUCUGUAUCCACAUUUCACAAGUCUGAUACACAGCCAGUGGUACGAAGAAAGCUCCCUCUGAGUUCAACAAAGAAAGAGGAAAUAGCUGCUAGGACAUCUCUAGUCAUCUCAGCACUGCAAGGUUUGGCUGGUCUGGAAAAAGAUUCGUUCCGGAGGUAUGUUCCACAGUUCUUUCAACUAUUGGUUGAUCUUGUGAGGAGUGAACACACCUCUGGAGAAGUUCAGCUUGCCCUGAGUAAUAUGUUCCGUUCAUCUGUAGGCCCCAUUAUAAUGGAAUGA